CACACUAUAAAAAAAAUAAAAAACUAAAUUCUUUAUCGAGGUUAUAUUUGCACACAGUAUUCUUUAUAUUUUUUUAAAUUUAUUUCUUAUUAUAAAAUUUUUUAAAUUUAAAAUGAAAAAAUUCGGAUCAACUGAAAAAUGCGUCGUUUGUGUCAAAACUGUAUAUCCAAAUGAUAAAUUAGCUGCUGACGAAAGAAUCUUCCACAAGGCUUGUUUCCGUUGCACUACCUGUAACCAAGCUUGUAAAUUAGGUAACUUUGCUUCAAUGGAAUCUAAAACCUAUUGCAAACCAUGUUUCAAGAAAUUAUUCUUCUCAAAAGGAAACUACAGUGAAGGUUUUGGCCAAUUAAAACCACAACACCAACACGAUUUAAAGAAGAACGGUUCAACCAAUCAAGUUGAAGUUGAUACAACCGGCGCUGCUUUCCAACCACAAGAAACUGAAACCAUCGUUUCAUCAUCAUAAAAAAUUUAAAACAAUUAAUAGCAAUAAUUAUUUAAUAUAAAUUCAAAUAUAUUUUUUCUUAUACAUAACUACGCUUCAUAUAAUGAAAUUAUAUUGAAUAAUAUCAAAAAAAAAAAAACUCAGUUUAAUUUUGUAACAUUAGAAACCACAUCAAUCUAUAUGAAAUAUACAAUAGCAUAUAUAUUUACAAUUAAUAAAUUUUAAUUUAAACAAGUAUAC